AUGAGCGCAGACAAAGAUGACUUGCUCACUGCGAAAUUGGCUCCGAAAAAGCGAGAAGAACUGCAAAUUCACAACAAAAAGUUGGGAGAGGUGAAAUAGUCGGAUCUAAAAAACUGCUUACUUCGAAAUUUCUGUUUCAGUUGGCUCAAUGGCUGAAAAAUGCAUUUCCCAGUAAAUACGGAGGCCUUCCGUGCGCACUGUUUCUCACUGGACCCACUGGAUCUGGAAAGUCGACGGCAGUUGAAGUGCUCUGCAAAGAAAAUAAUGUCGAAGUGAUCGAUUACACGCCGGAAUUGUUGUACAACGAGAAAAUGGAGCACGAGAAACCCGAUUCGAGUCAAUUAAUUCGAUUUCUAUCUCGGAGACACGGCAGUUUGACGAGCUGCUCUCGGAAACGUCUGCUUCUCGUCACUGAACUUCCAGAUCAAUCGUAUCAGUCAGUCAUCGGAAUAACGUCAAAUUGAUUUUAUGAUUUCUGUUGCAGUGACGCCGAAAAGUUUCGAGAAGAGCUCGCCGAAGCAUUCCAGUCCAUCUGGCACCCAGUCAUCUUCUGCUUGUCCAAUGAGGUCGCCAUAUGGAAACUCAAUCCGAUGCGGCUUUUCACCGAAGUUUUUCUGCAAGUGAGCCAAGGAAUUCCAUGUUGGUUCACUAAUCGCUUUCAGAAAAACGGCGUGGACUUUGUUUCAUUCAACUCGGUCGCCGAUACUUUUAUGAAAAAAGCCAUCAGAAGGGCGUCCAACCUGCUCAAUUACUCGGUGAGAAAAUAGGCUGUACAGUAAACAUUUUCGUAUGUCUCAUCGUCACAAUUACAGUUAUCAGAAGCCAAACUGAACGUGUUAGCAGAAGAAGCACGCGGAGAUCUGAGAAUGGCGAUGAACAUGCUGCAAAUGAACACGAUCGGACGGAAUACUGACCGUCAAAGUGGGACCAAAAUGAUUUGUGCGGCGAAAGCAAACAAGGAAGAGGCGUUUCACAUGAUCGGACGAAUUCUCUAUGCGAAAAGAGUCAAUCCGAAUGCGCCUAAGCCGUCGCGCAAUCUUCAUAAGAAACGGAAGUCUGCACCGAUUCCUGAGCCAAAGGAACGAACAGAGUUGGAGCACGAGCCGACCGAUAUUAUUGCCAUGUCGAGCAUGUCCUCUGAUAAGGUUUUUAUAUGGACCAGCUCUUCUAGAUCAUGAUUUUUCAGCUCGUCAGUUUCCUAUUCGAAAAUGAACCAUUUUUCUGCUCGGAUAUGGCCAAAUACCGUCGAGUCACCGAUUCGUUUUCCCUUUGCGAUGCAAUGACGGCGAGUGGAGCACAAAAAUGGAGCUCCCGGACGAGUAUUGCUCAGAAGUCGCAGUUCGCAGUGUGAUGUGGAAUAACUAUAAAUGUGGUGAGCUUAUAAGCUAAGCUCUUAAAUUCUCUCAGAAUUACGUUUGUUUCAGAAAGACCGAGAACCCUGUUUUGUGUCCAUCGGCCGAUAUUGAAAGACCUCGAAAAGAGCAUUCAGACGACACAAUGCGAAAUGCAAAGGCUUCCGAUUGUCGGAGUCAAAUACUUUUCCUCUUUGUACGUCAUCUGAAAGCACCUCAUAAAACUGAUUGAUUUUUGCAGAACAGCUCCCUAUUCAUUAAUAAUCAAAAAGCUCGUUGAUCCGCACAGAAUGGAGUGUUUUCUUUCGAGACCAAUGUCCAUUUCGUGGAAGUACGGACGAGAUCAAAUUGACGAACAAAUUGAGAAAAAGUUGACUAUGCACAACCGAUAUAGGCCGAAGAAAUUGAAAGCCGAAAAAGAGAAACUGGAGAGCGAAAAAGAGGAGGAAGAAGAAGAAGAAGAGGAGGAGAAGUUUACAAUUGAAGAGUGGAGUGACGACAGUUUCGAUGAAAUGUGA